AUGACUGAUGCCCAGAUGGCUGAUUUUGGGGCGGCAGCCCAGUACCUCCGCAAAUCAGAGAAGGAGCGCCUGGAGGCCCAGACCCGGCCCUUUGACAUCCGCACUGAGUGCUUCGUGCCCGACGACAAGGAGGAGUUUGUGAAGGCUAAGAUCGUGUCCCGGGAAGGGGGCAAGGUCACUGCUGAGACAGAGAAUGGCAAGACAGUGACCGUGAAGGAGGACCAGGUGUUACAGCAGAACCCACCCAAGUUUGACAAGAUCGAGGACAUGGCCAUGCUGACCUUUCUGCACGAGCCUGCUGUGCUCUUCAACCUCAAGGAGCGCUAUGCAGCCUGGAUGAUCUAUACCUACUCCGGCCUCUUCUGUGUCACCGUCAAUCCCUACAAGUGGCUGCCUGUGUACAAUGCAGAGGUGGUGGCCGCCUACCGGGGCAAGAAGAGAAGCGAGGCACCACCCCACAUCUUCUCUAUCUCUGACAACGCCUAUCAGUACAUGCUGACAGAUCGGGAGAACCAGUCCAUCCUCAUCACUGGAGAAUCUGGUGCAGGGAAGACUGUGAACACAAAACGUGUCAUCCAGUACUUUGCCAGCAUCGCAGCCAUAGGUGACCGUGGCAAGAAGGACAAUGCCAAUGCAAACAAGGGCACCUUGGAGGACCAGAUCAUCCAGGCCAACCCUGCCCUGGAGGCCUUUGGCAAUGCCAAGACGGUCCGGAACGACAACUCCUCCCGCUUCGGGAAAUUCAUCAGGAUCCACUUUGGAGCCACAGGAAAGUUGGCUUCUGCAGACAUAGAGACCUAUCUCCUGGAGAAGUCUCGGGUGAUCUUCCAGCUGAAGGCUGAGAGAAACUACCACAUCUUCUACCAGAUCCUGUCCAACAAGAAGCCAGAGCUGCUGGACAUGCUGCUGGUCACCAACAACCCCUACGACUACGCCUUCGUGUCUCAGGGAGAGGUGUCCGUGGCCUCCAUCGAUGACUCCGAGGAGCUCCUGGCCACGGAUAGUGCCUUUGACGUGUUGGGCUUCACUCCUGAGGAGAAAGCCGGCGUCUACAAGCUGACGGGUGCCAUCAUGCACUACGGAAACAUGAAGUUCAAGCAGAAGCAGCGGGAGGAGCAGGCCGAGCCAGAUGGCACUGAAGAUGCCGACAAGUCUGCCUACCUCAUGGGGCUGAACUCAGCUGACCUGCUUAAGGGACUGUGCCACCCACGGGUGAAAGUGGGCAAUGAGUAUGUCACCAAGGGGCAGAGCGUCCAGCAGGUGUACUAUUCCAUCGGGGCACUGGCCAAAGCAGUGUAUGAGAAGAUGUUCAACUGGAUGGUGACACGGAUCAAUGCCACCCUAGAGACCAAGCAGCCACGCCAGUACUUCAUAGGGGUCCUGGACAUCGCCGGCUUCGAGAUCUUUGAUUUCAAUAGCUUUGAGCAGCUGUGCAUCAACUUCACCAACGAGAAGCUGCAGCAGUUCUUCAACCACCACAUGUUCGUGCUGGAGCAGGAGGAGUACAAGAAGGAAGGCAUUGAGUGGGAGUUCAUUGACUUUGGCAUGGACCUGCAGGCCUGCAUCGACCUCAUUGAGAAGCCUAUGGGCAUCAUGUCCAUCCUGGAAGAGGAGUGCAUGUUCCCCAAGGCCACUGACAUGACCUUCAAGGCCAAGCUGUAUGACAACCACCUAGGCAAGUCCAACAACUUCCAGAAGCCACGCAAUGUCAAGGGAAAGCAGGAAGCCCACUUCUCCCUGAUCCACUAUGCCGGCACUGUGGACUACAACAUCUUGGGCUGGCUGGAGAAGAACAAAGACCCGCUCAAUGAGACAGUGGUGGGCUUGUACCAGAAGUCCUCCCUCAAGCUUAUGGCCACACUCUUCUCCUCAUAUGCUUCUGCUGAUGUUGGGGACAGCAAUAAAGGCAAAGGAGGGAAGAAAAAAGGCUCAUCAUUUCAGACAGUGUCGGCCCUCCACCGGGAGAAUCUGAAUAAGCUUAUGACCAACCUGAGGACCACCCACCCUCAUUUUGUGCGUUGCAUCAUCCCCAAUGAACGGAAGGCUCCAGGGGUGAUGGAUAACCCCCUGGUCAUGCACCAGCUGCGCUGUAAUGGCGUGCUGGAGGGCAUCCGCAUCUGCAGGAAGGGAUUCCCCAACCGCAUCCUCUACGGGGACUUCCGGCAGAGGUAUCGCAUCCUUAACCCAACAGCCAUCCCUGAGGGCCAGUUCAUUGACAGCAGGAAAGGGGCAGAGAAGCUACUGGGCUCCCUGGACAUUGACCACAACCAGUACAAGUUCGGCCACACUAAGGUGUUCUUCAAGGCAGGACUCCUGGGUCUGCUGGAGGAGAUGAGGGAUGAGAGGCUGAGCCGCAUCAUCACCCGCAUCCAAGCACAAGCCCGGGGCCAGCUCAUGCGCAUUGAGUUCAAGAAGAUUGUGGAACGCAGGGAUGCUCUGCUGGUAAUCCAGUGGAACAUUCGGGCCUUCAUGGGGGUCAAGAACUGGCCCUGGAUGAAGCUCUACUUCAAGAUCAAGCCACUGCUGAAGAGCGCAGAGACAGAGAAGGAGAUGGCCACCAUGAAGGAAGAGUUUGGGCGCGUCAAAGAGGCGCUGGAAAAAUCAGAGGGCCGCCGCAAGGAACUGGAGGAGAAGAUGGUGUCCCUGCUGCAGGAGAAGAAUGACCUCCAGCUCCAAGUGCAGGCGGAACAAGAUAACCUCAAUGAUGCAGAGGAGCGCUGCGACCAGCUGAUCAAGAACAAGAUCCAGCUGGAGGCCAAGGUGAAGGAGAUGACAGAGAGGCUGGAGGACGAGGAGGAGAUGAAUGCAGAGCUCACUGCCAAGAAGCGCAAGCUGGAAGAUGAGUGCUCUGAGCUCAAGAAGGACAUUGAUGACCUGGAGCUGACACUGGCCAAAGUGGAGAAGGAGAAGCAUGCAACAGAGAACAAGGUGAAGAACCUGACAGAAGAGAUGGCUGGGCUAGAUGAGAUCAUCGCCAAGCUGACCAAGGAAAAGAAGGCUCUGCAAGAGGCCCACCAGCAAGCCCUAGAUGACCUUCAGGCUGAGGAGGACAAGGUCAACACACUGACUAAGUCUAAGGUCAAGCUGGAGCAGCAGGUGGAUGAUCUGGAGGGGUCCCUGGAGCAGGAGAAGAAGGUGCGCAUGGACUUGGAGCGAGCAAAGCGGAAGCUGGAGGGUGACCUGAAGCUGACCCAGGAGAGCAUCAUGGACCUGGAGAAUGACAAGCAGCAGCUUGAAGAAAAGCUCAAGAAGAAGGAAUUUGACAUUAAUCAGCAGAACAGUAAGAUUGAGGAAGAGCAGGCACUGGCCCUUCAGCUGCAGAAGAAACUAAAGGAAAAUCAGGCUCGCAUUGAGGAGUUGGAGGAGGAACUGGAGGCUGAACGCACCGCCAGGGCCAAGGUGGAGAAGCUGCGCUCAGACCUGUCCAGAGAGCUGGAGGAGAUCAGCGAGCGGCUGGAAGAGGCUGGCGGGGCCACAUCCGUGCAGAUCGAGAUGAACAAGAAGCGCGAGGCUGAGUUCCAGAAGAUGAGGCGGGAUCUGGAGGAGGCCACACUGCAGCACGAGGCCACGGCGGCGGCCCUGCGCAAGAAGCACGCCGACAGCGUGGCCGAGCUGGGUGAGCAGAUCGACAACCUGCAGCGUGUGAAGCAGAAGCUGGAGAAGGAGAAGAGUGAGUUCAAGCUGGAGCUGGAUGAUGUCACCUCCAACAUGGAGCAGAUCAUCAAGGCCAAGGCAAACCUAGAGAAGGUGUCCCGGACACUGGAGGACCAGGUCAAUGAGAACCGUGCAAAGCUGGAAGAAACCCAACGCUCCUUCAAUGACCUCACCACCCAGCGAGCCAAGCUGCAGACUGAAAAUGGUGAGCUGUCCCGACAGCUGGAUGAGAAGGAGGCACUGAUCUCUCAGCUGACCCGAGGAAAGCUCUCCUACACCCAGCAGCUGGAGGACCUCAAAAGGCAGUUGGAGGAGGAGGGCAAGGCAAAGAACGCCCUGGCCCACGCACUGCAGUCAGCCCGGCAUGACUGUGACCUGCUGCGGGAGCAGUACGAGGAGGAGAUGGAGGCCAAGGCUGAGUUGCAACGUGUCUUGUCCAAAGCCAACUCAGAGGUGGCCCAGUGGAGGACCAAGUAUGAAACAGAUGCCAUCCAGAGGACUGAGGAGCUCGAAGAGGCCAAGAAGAAGCUGGCCCAGAGGCUGCAGGAUGCCGAGGAGGCCGUGGAGGCCGUCAAUGCCAAGUGCUCGUCCCUGGAGAAGACCAAGCACCGGCUGCAGAAUGAGAUCGAGGACCUGAUGGUGGACGUGGAGCGCUCCAAUGCAGCCGCUGCAGCCCUGGACAAGAAGCAGAGGAACUUCGACAAGAUCCUGGCCGAGUGGAAGCAGAAGUAUGAGGAGUCGCAGUCAGAGCUGGAGUCCUCGCAGAAGGAGGCGCGCUCCCUCACCCUCAAGGGCGGCAAGAAGCAGCUGCAGAAGCUGGAGGCCCGGGUGCGGGAGCUGGAGAAUGAGCUGGAAGCUGAACAGAAGCGCAACGUGGAGUCAGUCAAGGGCAUGAGGAAGAGUGAGCGCCGCAUCAAGGAGCUGACCUACCAGACGGAGGAGGACAAGAAGAACCUGCUGCGGCUGCAGGACCUGGUGGACAAGCUGCAGCUGAAGGUCAAGGCCUACAAGCGCCAGGCAGAGGAGGCAGAGGAGCAGGCCAACACCAACCUGUCCAAGUUCCGCAAGGUGCAGCAUGAGCUGGAUGAGGCAGAGGAGCGGGCGGACAUCGCCGAGUCCCAGGUCAACAAGCUGCGGGCCAAGAGCCGUGACAUCGGCGCCAAGCAAAAACUGCAUGAUGAGGAGUGACACCACCUGGGGAACCUCACUCUUGCCAACCUGUAAUAAACAUGAGUGCCAGA